CUGCCUUAUUCAGUAACUACGUAAUGGCAAAGAAUCGCUUGACUUGUCCCGACUUUUGAGCGCUUGCGCUCUGUACGAACCUCCAGCUGAGUUUGUCGAAUGACACCGCUCUUACCGCCCCAUCACCACCGGUCAAUAUCUUGGACGACUGCGCUUCAUGUGCCGUUGCCGGGUGGCCGUAAUCGGCUGCGCAUUCCUCUGCCGAACCUACGGGCCUUGCAUGCAGCCAGCGUCUCUCGCUAUGGCAAGAGAAAGGGCUAUGCUCUCGUAUUUUCUAUCUAUACGGCGGUGUUCUUAAUCAUCUAUGCCCUGCUGCCCGCAUUCGGUGUCGCGCCCACGUUGGUGUACAGGCGGGAAGACCUGAAACGGAUAUGGAAGUGGGAAAUAGAGAGUGGGCAUUAUCCAACGAGGCACCCUGUUCCCAAGGAACUAGGCCUAACCCCGGUUGACAAUCCCGCCUUGCCCGCACAGCGUUUUGGUCACGACCCAGGGCACGGCACCGGCCCCCAAAGAGUCUACUUGUAUGUGGAAGCAAAACCUCCAUACGUGGCAUACGCACCUCGGCCGAUACCAGGCAGUGUUGCCGACUUGGACGUCGUUAUGGAGCACUGUGAUGUCUCGGGCAACAGGUAUGUCCGUGACUGCCUCGAAGUACUUCGCGUAGGCGCUGGACUCGAUAAGGACGACCGUGUGCGCCGGCCAGUUCCCAACGAGUGGAAAUAUCUCUUCGUCGAGGAUACCGUUACUCAACCGAUUCCCACACGAACUCUUUACUCCCCGUUCGCAUCCAAAGACAAGGAUGUAGAGAGACUCCUGGAUGCGAAAUUCACCAAAAAACCCAAUGUUGAAUGGGAACCAUCGCCUAUAUCUCUACCUCCGACGCAAGAACACCACAUUUACUCUUCCGCUCAUGGCCCCUGCGACCCUAACGACCCUCGUAUUUUUCAUAUGUACUGGACAGGAGCAUUCACAGACAAACCAUAUUUCGCCAUCAUUUCAUUCCUCUUCACUCAAAAUCUCGGGCUCCAUAACCCGGACUACGAAGACGAACGUGUUUUCUGUAGACCUCAGCUGUGGCUUUGGAUCAAUCCUGUCCCCGCUGCUGCACAACCCUCCCCCCACGCCCACUCCGACUUGAUCAAGGAACUGCAAGAGAACCCUUGGUCAGCGCCUUUCUUCCAUCCUCGAUUCUCUCGGGCCAUACAGUUCAAAUUCUGGAACACGACAGAACAACUCGACAGCCUUCCCGAGCUCAAAGAUGACUGGAGACAUGUCGGGAGCGUAUUCAAGUCUCAUGGAAAGUCGUAUUCGAGCGGUAGCAAAGCCGCCCAUCAGAGUGGUUCCAAGUCUUCCUCCUCUUACGAUCGGUUUUCUGUCAUAAUGUCCGACAUGGUCCGGUUUAUAUUGUGCCAGCGCUUUGGAGGUAUCUACUUGGACGCGGAUACACUUUUCCUGCGUGAUUGGGAAGAGCUGUGGGGAUGGAAAGGUUCAUUCUCCUACCGCUGGGCCUUCCAUGAAAGAUACAACACGGCCGUUCUUCGAUUGAACAAAGGAUCAGCCUUAGGGACGUUCCUGCUCCGGACUGCCUUGAAAAACGAAUUGGACUUUCAUCCAAUUCCUGCGUCGAAUUACCUCAAGCAUGGACGGUUGGAUCCCUUACUCUACCGGGCACCUGGAGCCUUGUUCGAUCCUGCCUGGAUGAACGCAGAUGGAUAUCAGCGAGAUAGGCCUCCGCAACCAUAUUUCAAAAGGUUUUCCGACUUUUUCGACACACCUUCACCUGGCGGCGCCUCCCCACAAGCCUUGGGCUUUGAUGGUUUCUUCAAAGGUGCAUUUUCGUAUCAUUUUCACAACUCUUGGUGGAAACCCGUAGAUCCGGGUCAGAAUUGGCCCAAUCUCGGACAGCAGUUUGGAAACGGUACUGCCAACCUUGCUGUUUUCCCUGCUGAUGAACGGGAUUUGAGCUGGUCGACUGUUCUUAAGAGGACAUUUGAAGCUUACAUCAGGGGGGAAAGGCCGAAUAUGUAUGGUGAAUGGAUACUCUAGUAAUCGGUGCGGUUCUUCAUGUCACGGACCGAUAAAUAUUGUACUGGCAUACAGCAUGUCCUGAACGACCUAUUCAUGAUCAUAUAUAUAAUAAUUAAUUUGCACAGGUUGCGGAAAUCAUUU